CGGCAAUAGUAAUGUUUGUCCAUUUUGAGACGCCGUAACCUGUACGUCCUCAAAAUAGUCAGAAACGAAUCUAACAUAACUCAAGAAAUCUGUCAUUCAUUUUGAUGUUUUUACAUCUAACUAAGAUGUAUAGUGCAGUAUUUUUCAAUGAAAAAAAGUGUAUGAAAACGAGUCGUCUCUCGUUGGACGACAACAAAGACCUUAUUGUAGAGUCCUACUGUUGACCAAUCACCGAGGAAGGGGAGUACAUAGACUUCGGCUCUGAACUUCACCUUGCUACCAGAAAAUGUUUUGUGUGCCCGAACAUCCGAAAAACCAUCGCCGACGUCCAAAACGUCAGAAAAUGUCGCCAUAAUAUAAGCACGAACUCUUCCGAACGGUUUCGGCUGGGAAGCGUGCGGACUCCUUGGUUAUAAUUAUUAUAGGCUAUGGUCAGCCGUGAAAAUGGGUGUUGUCUCUAAACCUGAAGUCAAAGCAGCAGUUUGGGUGCAUUUUGGUUUUAAGCCAAACGGCAAAGGAGAGCCUCAUACUCUUGAUGAGGCCGUUUGCAGGUUAUGUCGGAUUGUUUGUGUCAAACGUGGAAACACGAGUAAUCUAAAACAUCCCACUGUUUUUCUGAGUUUAUAUUGGGAAUGGAUACUACUACUCUGAUCCAUCAUGUGAGUCUGCUCUGCUGUAAGUCAUUUGCACUGGCAUAGGAAUUCAAACUUUGAAUGUAGAUUUCAAACGUUUUAGAAUUGUAGGCUUCGAUGUGUUUUUCCCCAUGACUAAAUUACCCAGUGUCGAUUUCUCUCUCAAUUUCACUCACUUCCAUGCUGUGCAUUUCGCAUAGGCCAGUGGUAUAACACGACAAUCUCUGUAGAGUUGUCUUCCUACAUUUCCAUGCAGCCCAUCCAUAGUACUCGAUAUUUACAUACUUGUAUAAAAAAAUUCUCCGUUUUUUUUAAAUAACUGUACAUUUGGUGACCGUUGCAAAAUUGAGCCCGGUAUAUCGAGUGCACGCAUGCCACGCCGGGGGUAGGUUACUGGGCGGUCAGUAGAACGAGCGCACCCAGAUUGAAGGACCAGCCCUCAACGGAGUGAAGGCUACUGCUACACGUAGAUUAUAAUGGUCGGUCGUGAGAAUGGAUCUUGUCUCUAAACCCAAAGUCAAAUCCGCAAUUUGGGUGCAUUUUGGUUUUAAGCCAAACGAGAAAGGAGAGCCUCAGAAUAUUGAUGAGGCGGUUUGCCGGUUAUGCCGGAGGAUUGUUUUUGUCAAAGGAGGAAACACGAGCAAUCUAAGACAUCACCUGCGACUACGACACCCUGAUAUAUUUUCUGAGUUUAUAUCGGCAACGUCUGGGCAUGGGUACUAUUUUGAGCCAUCAGGUUCAGAACAGAGUCAACACUACAACAACGACAACGGUUCCCAAGGCAACUUCGGCAGUGGCCAUGGUAACUUCGGCAGUGGCCAUGGUAACUUCGGCGUUGGCCACGGUAAUGACAGACUGCUUCACUUCAUCCCAGACACGGUGGUCUGCGGUGAGCCAUGGUUGGAGGGCGGUGACCCCCGUGCGGUGGGUUCCAUCCCCCCGUGCCUCAGCCUGCGGAGAUGGGGCAGUGGGCCUGUGUCUGGGGGGUCAGCGGAGGAGGAAGAGGCGGGGGUGUUUGCCAAGACCCUGUCACUGCAUCAGGGGUGGACGUUUGGACCCUUCGUGGGAGAGUUGACCCGCGGCCCUCUGAGUUGCCUCAAAUACGCCUGGGCUGUGAGUAUGGACAGAUGGAUAUUAGCCUGGGCUAUCAAAGAAAAUGAUUCCUACUACUUCGUAGAUGCCUCGGAUGAAAACAAAUCAAACUGGAUGAGGUAUGUAGCGUGUGCUGCCUGCGAGGAAGAACACAACCUGACGGUGUUCCAGUACCGCGGUCAGAUCUUCUACAGGGUCUCCCAGCCCAUCCCUGAGGGGACAGAACUCAAGGUCUGGAUUGGCCAGGAGUACGCUGCCAUGCUGGGUCUAGGGAUAGGUGAGAACAUCAAGUGUGAAUUCGGGGACAAGGAAAUCCUACUGCGAAUCUUCCGUGACAUCCAGGUCGUGCCAGUAGGCGGAACUAGCAGUCUCCCAGACACCAAUGGCUCCUACAGCUGGUCAGACAACAGCCAAUCAGGGAGCCCCCUGCCAGUCAUCAGUGAUGUCAGUAGCGGGUUACAGACUGAUACCACUGACCCCACCCCUGUCCUCAACCCACCUCAAAACACCAAUCAGACGGGACUGGCAACAACCGUGAAGUACGACUUUGUAAAGGGUGCUGAGAUACUGUUGAGCCCCUCUCAGCCCAACAGCCCCGUAUGGGAGUUCUUUGGGUUUGAGCCGGACCCCAACGGCCAGCCGCUGGACAAGGACAAAGUCAUGUGCAAGCUGUGUGGUCAACACGUGGACUACAGUGCUACUGUCACCCACCUGGAGAACCACCUGGUCCAGAUGCACCAUAUGAAGCGCCGGGACGUCAUCAAGGAUGGCAACAAGCCCUGGGUUUCGUCCUCACGCUUCAGGCCUUACCACAGUACGGGUGGCAGAGCACCUCGUUCUAGCAGCCCCUCAACCCACAGAACCACCAACAACUACAGUAAUGAGGACUGGACUUGGAGUGGGAACGGCAGUUCAGCAGUGACCGAUACUGUAACACCGAGUUCGACCGCUACACCGGGACAGAAAACGCUCUCUAACUUCCUGACCAAUCAAACCACCACAGCCAUCACUAACUUCCUCAUCAAAGACUUGUUGCCCCCAGAUACAGUGGAGGGGGAGGGCUUCAAGCAGCUGAUCCAGAACCUGCUGCCAUCCUGCCAGGAGAUUCCUUCAGCUUCUCUACUGGAGGAGGUGCUGAGGGAUGUCCACACCAAGGGAAGAAAGAACUGGGCCAAGCUGCUGACCAACAGCACUGGGUUUAAUGAGGAUGACACUUCCAAGCCAAAUAUUCCAGUUCAAUUCAAACCCAGCUCCUCAACAAGAAAAGCUGCCCGUUUCUGCUCACAGACCCAGAACCAAGUAUCUCACCACGUAGCUGUUAGUGCUGACGUGUGGUGUCAUGACUGGCAGGGAGACCAGGAGAGAUACGCCACCCUUUGGGCCCAUUUCAUCAACGCUGACUUCACUUCCCAUAACCUGGCUUUGGCCACGCAGCAUCUGGGUGAGACAGGAACUGGGGAUAUGGAUCUGAGCAUGGUCGAGGCUACAGUGAGGUCCAUGGCUCAGGAGUGGGACAUCUCUCAGCCCAGUUUCAUCCUGCUUGGGGGCGACGAGAUGGAAAAGACGAAGGUAGGUCCGAAGAAGAGAGAGAGAACUGGAGAAGGGGUUGGCGGAGGUGCCCGUCCCCACCACCCGAACUCCACCACAUUCCUGGAGAUGGAGGACUCCAUAUCCUCUGAUGAUCUCUCAGGUCUGGAACGAGCGAUCGAACGAGCCAACUCCACCAGCGAGGAGUCCCACUCUCCACCCAUACCUUGUUUCUUCACAGCCGUUCAGAGCUGCAUAGAGGAAGUCAUGGGUCAUUCCAUCAUCUCAAAGACCCUCAGUGUAUUCCAACACCUUCUCUACAGCCUCUUCUCCCUCCAUGAUAAAGACAUGGUAACUCUUCACCCAGCCAGGAAACUGAUCUCAGUCCUACAGAAGCAGGAGACGGCUGAGCUGAAGGCUUGGGCCUAUGGGAAACCAGGCUGGAAUGGGCUUUACAGUGUGGUUAAGACGCUCCUCCGCUAUCAAAACAUGAUCUCUGAGACACUAAAACAAAUAGACAGUGAGAUCCAAACUGGACAAGACACAGGAAGUCCCACUGACUUGGAUUCAGGGGCGACUGCCGCUUUGAAAACCGCUGACAAACAUGGCACAAACUCCACUUCCGCUGCCUGUGCUAACUCUGACACCACCGACAGCUCCAACUCAUCGGUACCCGUCCCUCCCAAGCGAUCUGACUGGAAGGUGUUGGAGGAUCUCUCCUCCAUGCUGAAACCCCUUGACGUGGCGUGCCGUACCCUGGCCAAGGAACUGUUCCCCAGGCUCUCGCUGGUCAAGCCCAUCCUCACCGGCCUGCUCGACCGACAUUUCGCCCCCCACCCCCGCCAUCGCAACGACUCCACCAUCUUGAAGGAACUCAAAAAGAAGAUAAGGUGGGGCCUUUCCUGCCGGUACAACGACCCCCAGAUCAACCAGGUGUUGUGUGUAGCGUGCGCCCUCGACCCCCAGUUUCACGGCCUGGGCUUCAUGGACGUCAGGGAGCAGGCGACCACCUUCGCCUGUCUGAAGAAAGAAGCGGUCCGGAUCGUAGAGGAGGACCGGAGGAGGGCCGAUGCAGCAUCUCCAGGGGGCAAGAAGAGGAAGAAGAGGGGAUCCUCCUCAACCACCUCAUCAGGAGAUAUGGAGGGAGACGUCCUGAGAAGAAGCAAAAGGCUGAAGGAGAUCACCCCGGUCAGUUUCAAAGAGGGAACCGAGAGUGAUUCAGACGAGGAAGCCACCGGUAGCUCUGUGAACGACGACAGUGAGACUGAUAACAUGGAGCUGAAACUGGAGCCCGCCUCCCAGCAGACCGGCAUGGAGUUCCUUCUAGGGGACCUAUUCGGCUCCCAGUCCCAGAACAAGCAGCCCUCAGUGGAAGAGACAGUGGACAUUGAGCUGUCUGUCUUCAGAGCAGAGAAGGGGGCCACCCUGGGCGUGGAGCCUUUACAGUGGUGGAAGGCUAGAUCAGGACAGCUCCCCCUGCUGGCCAAAGUGGCACGAGCCUACCUGGCUGCCCCGGCUGUCGCAGGCAGUGCCGUCCAGAUGUUCCUGCAGGAUGGAGGAGGGGUGAUACAGAGGAAGAGAACCAAUAUUCCUCCAGAGGGCCUUGACCAGAUGCUGUUUCUGCACCAUAACGGUCUGACCACGACCACACAGGGUUACACAACGGUCUGAAAGGAUCAACACAACUUGCUGACUGUCACUCAAUACAUAGAUUUAACUAUGGGGCUUCUCUCUCUCCAAGUUGGUGAGAUGGACUUUGUGAAGACCAUCACUCAAUCUCUGAAACUCGAAAGACUUUCCUUUCUUGGUUAAAAUGUUGGACUGUUAAACAUGUUACUGUUGUGUGUUUUCAGUAUGUAGAUCGAAACUAAAUUCAGAGAGAAGUCCCUUUUCGGUUAGUGCCUUAUCAUUCUUUGAACUGUUUGCAUAACUACUGUACACAUGUAUUGUUUAAGUAAAAAAAAUAUGUUUUAUUGUUUAAGCUAGUUUACCGUCCGAAGUCUGAUGGGACUCCUACUUCUGAAACUAUUCAUUUCAGUUUUAGGAAAACUCUACUUAUAUUUUUUACAUUUCAGAAUUUUAUAGAUACAUAAUUGGUUAACCAACAAGGUUGAAUUUUCAUAGUGUCUGUAGGAUUCAUUUACUUCUCUGAGAAUAACACUAUAUGAAAUAUAUUGCAGCUGAAACAAACAAAUGAAGAUUUAUUGGUUCUGUGGAGGAAAUCAGACUUAACAUACACAGUGGAUUAUGUCAAAGCUGUACACCUAACAAGAAAUUGAACAUGUGUAACUUUUAUAGUCUUAACUGUUUAAUCAAAUCUUCCAAGUCUUAAAUGUUAGAAUAGUAAACUAACACAUUUGUAAUCCUAAACGUGUUCACAUAAUCAGUUCUUCAUCCUGUAGAAGGUUGUGUUUGCAUGUUAGAAUGACUGUUCUUUAUGAAAGGAACUUGAAGUAUAUCUGAUCAGUUUGUAUGGUCAUACAAAUAGCAUUUAUCACUGUGUACAUUCUUACUGUCAAUGGCUUUUGGCAGUAAACUUUGUUUUAGAGA